GUUUGAUAACUUGCCAGCGUAGGCCUGGGUCCGGGGGCUUCCUAAAUCCAACAUGGUGCUUCCACUUUCUCUCUUACGGACGGCUCAGAACCAUCCUAUGCUUGUCGAGUUGAAGAAUGGCGAGACUUAUAACGGCCAUCUUGUCAGCUGUGAUAACUGGAUGAACAUUAACCUACGAGAAGUGAUUUGUACGUCAAGGGAUGGUGACAGAUUUUGGAAAAGCCCAGAAUGUUAUAUUCGAGGUAGUAAUAUCAAGUAUUUACGAAUUCCUGAUGAGGUUAUUGAUAUGGUUAAAGAGGAAGCAAAGCAGCAAUCUCGUGGCAGGGGAGGUGGUCGAGGAGGACGAGGAGGAAGAGGUGGYGGYGGGCGUGGMCGAGGGGGUGGACARGGGCGUGGUGGAGGGAGAGGCAAGAAAGGUGGCGAGGUUGCAGGCAGAUAGUACAUAUCUAUAUAGUAAUGUUGUUUUGUAAUGUUACAUGUACAUUUAUUGUUCUAGGUAGGAAAACAUGUUUUUUUGUAAAAGCUUAUAUAACUAUAUUUUGGUUCUAAACAAAGACACAAACAACAUUUGAAAUGCGACUAUUUUAAACUCUUGUACAAAACCUGAAAUGGUAAUCUAAACAUUACAAAAAAGGUUUGGCAUUYAUGAUACUGGUUUCAAUAUUUGAGACUAAUAAAGAUAGUGCCUUCUUGAUGAUUUCAAUAGUAUUACCCUGGUCCCAGAGGUUUGAUAUUUUCUCUCUUCGCUAUUGUUUAUUGUCGGCAAGAAGCGCCGAUUAAGGCGCUUCUUGCCGACAAAAACAAUAACAAAGAGAGAAAAUAUCAAACCUCUCGGACCAGGGUACAAUAGUAUUAGACCUUUUGUACAAUUUCUUUCACUUCUUAACAAGAGACUAAUUUUCUUGGAUACRAUAUCAGAUCAUGUAUAACUUAUGAAUAACGUGAAGCACCUAUUUAGACUAUAAUGUUGACUAAAUGUCAGGUUUUGCUGAAUUAUGUAAUACUGAACUCUUUGAGAAACUAAAUACAAGCUGGAUGCUUUAAUAGCAUGCGUAUGUA